AGAGGCGGGACUUCCGCUCGCCCCGCUGUUGUCGUCCCUGCUCGGACUCGCUUGGGUAGGGGCUCGGUGCGGAUCCUCAGUCAUGAAGUCCGGGUAGCGACUUCUCCCGAGUGCCCGCGAGCCUGGGUUCCGGGGCCGGACUUCAGGUACCUUCAGAGGCCAGAAGAGGGAAACCGGAAGAGGUUUGUGAGCCACCUGACAUGGAUGCUGGCAUCCAAACCUGGGUCCUCUGCAAGAUCAACAACUGCUUUUAACUGCUGAGCCAUCUUUCCAGCCUCCGUAGUAUUCAAUGUGAUUUACGAGAUGCUGCUCUCCAUAGGGAUGCUCAUGCUGUCUGCCACACAAGUCUACACCAUCUUGACGGUGCAGCUCUUUGCAUUCCUGAACCUGCUGCCUGUAGAAGCAGACAUUUUAGCAUAUAAUUUUGAAAAUGCAUCUCAGACAUUUGAGGAUCUUCCAGCAAGAUUUGGCUAUAGGCUACCAGCUGAAGGCUUAAAGGGCUUUUUGAUUAACUCGAAACCAGAGAAUGCUUGUGAACCUAUAGUGCCUCCACCACUAAAAGACAAUUCAUCCAGCACUUUUAUCGUUUUGAUUAGAAGACUUGAUUGUAAUUUUGAUAUAAAGGUUUUAAAUGCACAGAGAGCAGGAUACAAAGCAGCCAUAGUUCACAAUGUAGACUCUGAUGACCUGAUUAGCAUGGGAUCCAACGACAUUGAAACAUUAAAGAAAAUUGACAUUCCAUCUGUCUUCAUUGGUGAGUCAUCAGCUAAUUCCCUGAAAGAUGAAUUCACAUAUGAAAAAGGGGGCCAUGUAAUCUUAGUUCCAGAACUGAGUCUUCCUUUGGAGUACUAUCUGAUUCCUUUCCUCAUCAUAGUGGGCAUCUGCCUCAUCCUGAUAGUCAUUUUUAUGAUCACAAAAUUUGUCCAGGACAGACAUAGAAACAGAAGAAACAGACUUCGUAAAGAUCAACUUAAAAAACUCCCUGUACAUAAGUUCAAGAAGGGAGAUGAAUAUGAUGUAUGUGCCAUUUGUUUGGAAGAAUAUGAAGAUGGAGAUAAACUAAGAAUCCUUCCCUGUUCCCAUGCUUAUCACUGCAAGUGUGUAGAUCCCUGGCUAACUAAAACCAAAAAAACCUGUCCAGUCUGCAAACAAAAAGUUGUUCCUUCCCAAGGUGAUUCGGACUCUGACACCGACAGCAGUCAGGAGGAAAAUGAAGUGUCAGAGCACACCCCUUUACUUCCGCCUUCCGCGUCGGUCAGGGCCCCGUCAUUUGGGUCUUUGUCGGCAUCCCACUCACAUCAGAACAUGACCGAGUCUUCCGACUACGAGGAGGAUGACAACGAGACCGACAGCAGUGAUGCCGACAACGAGGUCACUGAGCACAGUGUUGUGGUCCAGCUGCAGCCUGAUGGUGAACCGGACUACAACACAGCAAACACCGUGUGACGUCCAAGUGGCUGGUUCAUUUCCCUUUCACAUGUUCAUUUAGACAUAUGAGUUGAUUCUUCUGCUCCCUUUAGAGGUUUCUGUAGAAAUAACUUAUUUUUUAGUUUUCUAGUGUAAUCACGUUCCUGAAAUAGACUGUUUGAUCUAUGAUACUUAUCUCCAAUAGUAUACAUCCAUCUCACUAACAAGUAACAGACUGGUGCUGUAACUCAGGCAGCAAACCAGCUCUCUGGGGAUGAUGAAAUGUAGCCAGGACACUUUUAAAAUCCUCAGUACAGCUUGAAGUGCAGACCUCGAUCACAGUAUGCAAAUGUCUUACACAUGAAGUUGGCUAUGGUCAUCUAGCAUGAGCUAAAACCACUCUCACUUCCAUAAAGUUGCCUACAAUUGUUGGGUUGGCACAUGUCUGUUCUGAUAUUUCCCAUCAUGAUUAGUGAGUGGCAAUGGGCAAUUUAGGAUAUUUCUUCUUAGAACCACGGAGAAACUAAAAGAUAUCAUUUUCCUCCCUAUUCCCAAAUAGUUUUCCCUCAUAGGAAUGGUCUAGUAUAAACUUCAAAUAUUUUAUGUUAAGGUUUUUAAAAACACUAUAGUGUUAUGAGUUUGAUUCCACAGGAACGUCUCUGGAUCUUACUUUCCAUACUUCAGUAUCCUUUUGUGUUGCAAUAAAAAAUGCUGCAUAAAAAUACCAAAUUUCAGCAACUGUAAUAUUGAGAUCGUAUACCUCUUCAUAAAGAACAUCUUAUGCUAGUUAGCCCUGCUGAACCAUGUGCAGAGGAAAUUGUUCAAGUAUUGGGUUUGAAAAUAAGUGCUUUUGCUUAACAGAACUAAUGUAUUGAGGCAAUGUAUUAUGAAAAGCUAAAUUAUAUAACUGUAACUAUGUAGAAAAUAUACUUAAGUAUAAUCAGAAUGCUAAGAAUUUUUAUAUGGCCUUGUAUGAUGGGAGCUUCAAUGUUAAUAAAUGUUUUCCACUUGAAAAGCCACAAGUAUUUGUUCUGAUGAACUCUUACCACAUUAGCCUUAUAUGCAGGGUGCUAUAAAGGAAAAUGAUGGCGAUCAUAAUCACCUUAGGGUUUUAUACAAGGUUACUUACUAGCUACUCACAGGCUUUUAGGCAUACCCACCAAAGUUAACACUGUAGCCAAAAUUAUCCCCUAAAUAGUGUAAAUUAGGGAACUCUGUUGUAAAUUGUGGCACAUGCUUUACAGUAGAUGUAUGUAGUGACAUGGGAAACUGAAUAAAAUUAUGUUAUAGAAUAAAUAUAUCAGGUGUA